AUGCAAGCAGAGAACAAUGAUUCUGAUGAUGAGGAUGACGGCUAUAUUAGCGUCGGUUCUGAAGACGACACUAUCGAACCUGUAAAAGCUCAAGAACCAGUAAAAGCUGUUGAAGAUACGUCUGCGCAAGCAACUCCAGCCGAAGAACUGGCUACUGUCGAAACAAACAAAGUUGAAGUAAUAUCUAAUCCAAAUGAAGUCAUUGUAGCUCCUCCUAAAAAGCCAGCUUCUUCUUCCGGACUGGACGGAAUAGUAGAAUCGAUAGAAUCUAUAGGCGGGCUUAUUGGUGGAGAAGAUGACGAUGAUGACGACGACGACGAUGAUGAUGACGACGAUGAUAAAGAAAGCACUGAAAAGGAUGAAGAUGACGACAGCGACGAAAGUGAUGAAGUAGAAGAUAAUACAAAGAAAGGAGAAAAGAUGAGGAUGACGAUGAUGAUGACAACAGCGACGAUGAUGACGACGAUGACGACGAUGAUGACGAUAGCGAUGAAGACGAUGACGAAGUUCAGGCCACAAAACCGGGCAAAAAACCUGCAUCCGAAGUUAGCAAUACGACACAAAACCCAAAAAGAAAAAGGAGAGAAAGAUGAUACAUUCGGAUUAGGCGCAAUACAGAACUUUGGGCUUCAGACGAAGAAACAAUAA